AUGCAGCGUGCACUCGUGAUAGCUGUGGCGCUUCAUAGCACGCGAGCUCUGUCGGCCAAGAGCUGCACUCUAUGGAGUGCUGCCGCCUGACCCUACGCGCAACGCACCCGCAUCUCUCUCGCGGAGACCGGUGUCGAACACGACACAGUGGAGUGCGACCUGCAGAACAAGAGCGAGGAGUUCAUCAAUGUAUACAAAAAAGCAAAUCCGGGCGGUCGCGCCAAAGUGCCGGUGCUCGAGAUCGACGGCGACACGCUCGUCGAAAGUAGCGUGACGGUCGAAUACUUGGCCGAACGCGCCGGUGCGCCUUUCUAUCCUGCGGACGCAGCAAAGAGGGCGAGCGCUAGAUUGAUGGCGGAGAUCCAGCCCUUCCAGAACUACUUCGCAUUCAUCAAGGUCCGGGACGACAAGGACGCCCUCGCCAAGAAGGUCGCCGAGUUCGAGGAGGACGUGGAGAACUUCGAGACGUUUCUCGAGAUCCACCAAGACUCGGAGGGCCCCUUCCUCUGCGGUACGGAGAUGUGCUUCAGCGAAGCUAUGAUGGCUCCGUUCGUGGCGCGUAGUAUACCGAACCUGAAGCACUUCUGCGACGUCGACGUCAAGGAGAUCUGCAAAAGGCACCCAAGGGUGAAUAAACUAAUCACCGCCAUUCUCGAGCGGCCGUCCGUCGCCUCCACACGCCCGUCGGACGAAGACAUCGUGGCCGGGAUGACGCGCAUGAUGAAAAUGUUCGCGUCGAAGUGA